UUCAUACGGCAAUGGAAGCACGAUUCCAAGCUCAAGAUGCGCGCCUGGACAAACUCGAAGCCAUAAUAGAAAAACUCAGUGAAACUGUCAACACUCUAGUCCGCGCCCAUAAUGGAGGACACUGAACAGGGACAAGACACGCAGAAGAUGGCUGAAAACCCCCCAUGGAUUUUACAAUGGAACUGCAGGGGAAUGCGAAACAAAAUGGCAGAACUAAAACUGAAACUCGAACGCAUGCAACAGAACACGCCGAUAGUCAUCAUCUUACAAGAAGUUGACAUGAUUCAACCCAAGAUCACCGGUUAUAAGACAUAUCAACUCCCCACUAUCAUAUACAAGAAGAAAAAGUCGGACCUCGGUGAACCAUGUGGAGCGACAGCCACGUUCGUCAGAGAGUACAUGGCUCAGACUGCACUUGACACUACGCACGUCUGCAAUGAACUUCGGGAAGUCAUUGCGGUGAGAAUUCGAAUCAAGAAGAUGUCAUACAUUGUAACAAACGCUUAUGUAAGACCUCGUAAGAAAGACGCCGACGACAUAAGCUGGAUCACCGAUCUGGCCCGUGAAAAGAGGAAAAAGGAGCAGCUCAUUGUUGCGGGCGACUUUAACGCAUGGGCAAAAACCUGGGGCUACCGUAAGAACAGUCAGAGGGGAGACAGCCUAAACUUAAAAGAGCCCAACUCCGCCUACUGAACAAAAAGAAAUCCACGACCAGGUUCGGAAACAACGGACGGGAAACUUCACCGGACUUAACUUUUUGUUCAUACAAUACGA